GGGUGUUAGUGAAGAGCUGGAGGGCUGGAGCGGACGUGAGACCAAGUAACCGGCACGGCCGGUCACACUCUAAUUAAACUAAAAUUCAAAAAGAAUCUAAUUCUCACUUAUUUUCACCUUUCGAAAUUCCAUCUCCGUCUUCCAUUGCAUUUCUGAUUCCAUUAUUCACUCAUCAUCCUCUUCAAUUGUCUAUCUUCAACUUCUUCGAUCUCUUCUACGAAUAGAGAAAAAUUAAAUGGCGAGUGAAGGAACAGUGUUUACACCAUCACUAGAAGGAAUGAAACAUGUGAAAUCUGAACAAGGAGAGAUGCUAACAAAGCCUUUCUUGGAUGUCUGCAAGUUGAUUUUGCCUGUUAUAGAUAAGUUUGGAGCUGCUAUGGCACUUGUAAAAUCUGAUAUUGGUGGUAACAUAACGAGAUUGGAAACUAAAUAUUCUUGUGAUCCGACUAAAUACACUCACUUGUACACUAUGGUUCAAGAGGAGAUUGACGCUAAGACAGCCAAAGGUUCUUCUAGCUGUACCAAUGGUCUUCUUUGGCUAACCAGAGCAAUGGAUUUCCUGGUGGAACUGUUUCGUAAUCUACUUGCUCAUCAAGAUUGGUCAAUGUCACAAGCCUGCACAGAUUCCUAUGGCAAAACGCUGAAAAAAUUCCAUGGCUGGCUUGCAAGUUCAAGUUUCACUGUUGCUAUGAAGCUUGCGCCAGAUAGGAAGAAGUUCAUGGAUGUGAUAGCAGGCUCAGGUGAUAUUGCUGCUGACAUGGAAAAUUUUUGUUCGUCCUUUUCGCCAUUUCUUCAAGAGAAUCACAAAUUCUUGGCUAGUAUUGGCAUGGAUGAUCUGAAAGCUUCAUAGUGGAAGAGGCCUUUCUGAUGCGCGGCAGUGGCUUUCUGUUACUUUUUGCUCAUAUUGCAUUGGCAUGUAAAAAUAAAACUUAAUAACAAAAUUUGGUUUAACCAUCUAUUUCAAAUUACACGCCGUAUGCAGCUUAUUAUAGUAACUAUUCCAAUCUCUUAAUCCAGUCAUUUUGCUUGUUCUUA